CGCUUUUCCUGCUUGGUUCCCAGCGCAAUGGCGGCGGCGCGACUCUUUCUGAGAACUUCUGGCGUCAAGCCUUCACUUACCGGGUUAACAGGGGGAGUGCACAACAGUUUGGGGAUAACCCUGCUCAGACUGUUCCCUGACUGCACAUCCAAGCAGAAAACACAGAGAAGACAUGCAGCGCACUUCACCUAUCACCCUGACCCUGUGCCCACUGAAUAUGGCCCCACACAGAAGAUGAAUUUAUUCCAGUCUGUAACCAGUGCCUUGGAUAACACUCUUGAAAGUGAUCCCACCGCAGUAAUAUUUGGAGAAGAUGUGGCUUUUGGUGGAGUAUUCCGAUGCACAGUUGGCCUCCGAGAUAAAUAUGGUAAAGACCGUGUAUUUAACACCCCACUGUGCGAACAAGGCAUUGUAGGAUUCGGGAUCGGCGCAGCUGUCGCAGGAGCCACCGCUAUUGCAGAGAUUCAGUUUGCCGACUACAUUUACCCAGCGUUUGAUCAGAUCGUAAACGAAGCCGCCAAGUAUCGCUACCGUUCAGGGAACAUGUUUGACUGUGGAAACCUGACCAUCAGAGCUCCUUGGGGCUGUGUGGGUCACGGCUCGCUCUACCACUCCCAGAGUCCAGAGGCCUUCUUCGCUCACUGUCCUGGAAUUAAGAUCGUUGUGCCGAGAGGUCCAGUCCAGGCCAAGGGUCUUCUUUUGUCCUGUAUCGUUGAUAAAAACCCAUGCAUCUUCUUUGAGCCCAAAAUCCUGUACAGAGCAGCAGUGGAGCAAGUCCCCACAGAAGCCUAUCACAUCCCACUCUCACAGGCUGAGGUCCUGCUGGAGGGAAGUGAUGUCACAAUGGUAGCUUGGGGAACACAGAUACACGUGAUGAGGGAAGUGGCCGCCAUGGCGCAGGAGAAGCUGGGUGUCUCCUGUGAGCUCAUUGACCUGCAGACCAUUUUGCCUUGGGAUACAGAGACUGUUUGCAAGUCGGUGGUGAAGACGGGUCGGCUGCUCAUCAGUCAUGAAGCUCCAGUGACCGGAGGCUUUGCAGCAGAGAUCAGCUCUACUGUUCAGGAGGAAUGUUUCCUGAACUUGGAGGCGCCCAUCAACAGAGUGUGUGGUUAUGACACGCCUUUCCCGCACAUCUUUGAGCCCUUCUACAUCCCUGAUAAAUGGAAGUGCUUCGAAGCCGUCAAGCGUAUGAUCAACUUCUAAAACAUAGAUGAAACUGAUCAAGAACUUGAAACUCUUCCUCUAUAUUGGUGAACAAACCAGACAGUGAUGACCUCACCAUCAUCGCUAAUUAGGUUGCUCUCUGAAGAGGGAACAAUUUUUCCAGACAGGCUGCCAUUUUUUGGGAAACUUCAGAGAACAACCUGGAUCUUUUAUCUGGAGAAUGUCAAUGGUCACUGGAUGAAACUUGUUUCAUGAACACUAAUAUGUUUAUAUCAUAUGGGUACUUCAAUAUUGUAUCUAGUAGUUGGAUGUCUGUUCUCAUGCUGUUACCUUGAUGUCACAUGUUUUUGUUCUUUUUCCCUUAUGCAUAAUUGGGAGUCAGCUAAUUAAACGGCUGGAUUUUGCGGUGA